ACGAGAAGAAAAACGCAGUGGUCGAGCUCCUAACGAUCCUUCUCUCUCUAACUUUCUCUCACUAGGCCUCUGUACUUCCAUGGCGAAGCCUCGAAAGCCCAAGAACGAAGACGCCAAGCCCGGCAACUCCGGCCCGUCGUCCGCCACCAGAAGCUCUACCUCUCCAUCGACGUCGAUAAGCGUCGCCUUUACGGGUUCGUCUCUGCCCUCCAUUAACACACAGACUAGGAAGAACACACUGUUGCAUGUUCACUGAAUUCGUGACGAAUCUCUAUCUAUUUUGGGGAAAUUCGAUUGGGUUUUGAGAUUCGGGGAAAUUGUGAAUUGGGCAUUGUUUUGGUAAAAAUUGAUCGUAGAUAAGCAGCUUUGGGAGCCGGAAAUUGUUGCGAUUCUGCAUGGUUAGUGUUAAAGUUGGUUAAUUUUGUUGAACUUUGAUGGGAUUGUCGGUACACUGAGUUGAAGAUUGUGGUCCCAGAAAUUGGGAUUGUGGGGUUACACGCAGAGAAUUUGGGGAUUGAGAGUGUUUCAGUCGACGGUGAGCAGACCGAGUUCGAAUACUACCCACAGAGUAAUCAUAAAGAUGAGGAGAGCGAGAGGAGCUGGAGCUGGGUGACGUCGCCAAGCUCCGCUGCCGAUGCGGCUGGGGUCAACAUAUAUAUCGGCUCUUGAGAGAGAGAGCUGGUCCCGAAUUUACUGAUCAAUUGCUGUAAGGCUUCCAAGGCCGGAAGUGAACUGCAGGAGCAACUGGUUGGGGAUAAUGAGGUGCAGCAUUCUUCUGGAGAAGUCAAGCAGGUUAUGGUUUAUUUUUGGAGUUGUGAGUUGAAAAUAUGUGGCGGGUUUUCAAAGUUCAGGAUUGAUCAAUGUAAAUGAAUGCGAGGUUAGUUCGUAUUGAUUAUUGGGUAGAAAAAGCAGAGACAGGAAUUUAUUUUCAUGAUGCUGUUCUACAUACUGAUAACCAGAUACGGCGUGCACGGUGCUGGUUCCCUUGUAAAGAUGACAAUUCACAAAGUUGUUGCUAUGAUCUGGAGUUCACCGUUGCACAAAAUCUUGUGGCUGUUAGCACUGGCAGCUUACUAUACCAGGCCCCCAACGCUAUAUGGAGUGCCAAAAGAUCAUAAACCAUUUCAUUUAGGUGAAGCGGAAAGCUUCCGAGAGCAGAAAAACAUCUUUGCCGCUUUCAUCCCAGAAAGUAAAUAUGUGGAACCACCUUCCGAAGCUCCAAACCUUUCUCAUGGUGAUUUAACUGUUCCUGAAACUUCCAGCGAUGGGUUUGCCUUUCCAGCAGCUUCCAAGGAUGAUUUGGGUGCUCCAGAACCUACAACCGAUGGUUUUGGUGCUCCAGAACUUCCCAGUGGUGGUCUUGGUGAUCCAGAACCUUCUGGUAGUGGUUUGGUCGCUGAAGAACCUUCCAUUGGUGGUUUUGCUGCUCCAGAACCUCGGAUUGGUAGUUUUGAUGGCUUAGCGGUUUCAGAACCUUCCAUUGUGAGCCCUAGCAAUCAAAAUCUCGAGGAAGUAAACUCUUGGCAUGAUCUUGGAUCCCGGAUGACUGCCAGCAUUGGUUGCGCAAAACUUGCUAGUGAUGUGGAUGAUACAGGAAAGGAAUUACAAUGCACUGCCGAUUCAAGCAAAGUUUCUGCGCUGCCUCGGCCCGAAGAUCCAUCACCUAGCUUUAUCCAAGAUAACCGAGAUGCAGAAGUACAGAAGCAUGCAGGUGUCCAAGCUCUUUCAGUUCCUAGGAACGAUGUUAUUGGUGGUUCAUCCGGAAUGUCGGAUUCUCUUCCUCGCGGGAAAGAAAAGGAGAAAAAGAAAGACGAGAAACGAAAGAGGGAUGGCCAUAAGGGCCACCGAGAUGAUCCUGAGUAUUUGGAGCGGAAGCGUAUAAAGAAGGUGAAGAAGCCGAAGGAGAAAGAAAUGGCGAAGCUGUUGAAUGAGCGCGCGAAAGUACCUUCCGCGGAGUUACCAAGUCCGCAACUGUGCAACUCAAACCGGUCGAGCCCAGUGGAUCCAACAAGUUAGUGAUCACAGGGGUUGAAACCACCAGGCCCGAGCCAUCCGAAGGUACUUACUUCCGCCACUCCGAAGUUUCGUAUUAAAACAAAGAUCCGGACGUGACUGAGGGUGGUUUUCCCUCAUCGUAAAUUUUCGAAACUGGCGAGGGUGGUUGGUUUAAAUUUUUGUAUCGUAGCCUCUCCAUAAAAUUGGGGUAAGGCUAGCCGACAUUCACCUCUUCCAGACCUUGCGUAAAGCGGAAGCCUUGUGCACUGGGUCCGACCUUUAGUUUGUUUUGUAUCCGGCAGGCAGUGAUAUAGGUGUGUAUAGUGGUGAAUGGGAGACUAGCUGACACUAGAAUUAAUAUUCUUUACAAUUUUGUUUUUUUUUUUACUGCCUUUAAUUUAAUUUUUGCGAAGUUAAUUCUUUUAAUAAUGUGAUUGUAACUAUUUAUGCCGAUGUCAUUUAUGAGAUAAGGUUUCGUUGUUGUUAUUUA